AUGUCCAGAUGCCCAGGUCCCCGACUGCAGCCACGGCGCAUGGCUCGCGUGAUCGGCAUGGCGCUGGCGCCCCUGGCCCUGAUCUGGGCCUUGCUGCGGGCAGCACUGACCUUCCAUGCAGUGGAGACGCCACAGGGGUCUCGCACGCUCAGCUCUCCUGCGAAGGGGCACAGGGCCCUGCUCACCGCUGCGCGAGCUCCGCCCUCGAAGAUGAGCGCCACGAGCCUGGCGCUGGUGCCCAUCGUGGCGGCGGCAGCGAUGCAAGUGCGAGGAGGAAGCACGCUGGCGCAGAAAGCGGAGCGUGCUAGCGGCGUGCCGCCUGCGCUGAUGGGCCUGGCGGCCUGGCUGCUUCUGAUGUUUGCAAUCCAGCACAGCUGGGUUGCGGUCCCAUUCUUGUCAGAGGCGCAGUACCAGUACUUUCCUAUAGUGGCCACUUUUGUGGCAGGCUAUGCUGUCAUCGUCCUGGAGGAGCAGACUGAGAUCAACAAGGCAGCCACGGCCUUGAUACUCGGAGUUCUGGUCUGGGCCUUGGUCGGCACUGGCAUCGACAUGACAGCCGCCGAGUUUGACACGGCGAUCGCAGAAACCUUGCAGAAUGUCGCCGAAGUCGUCUUUUUCCUGCUUGGGGCUCUGACCAUUGUGGAGAUCAUGGAUGCGCACAAAGGGUUUGACAUAAUAACCUCAGCCAUCAAGGCCACCAACCAGAGAGAUUUGCUGAUAACCAUCGGCGUCCUCACCUUCCUCCUUUCCUCAGUGCUGAACAACCUCACCGUGGUUAUCGUCAUGGUGUCUUUGCUCCAAAGGCUCGUCCAGGACGAUGACUUUCGGAUGAAACUUGGAGGUCUGGUGGUGGUGGCCUCCAAUGCUGGUGGGGCCUGGACUCCCAUUGGGGACAUCACUACCACCAUGCUGUACAUAGGCGGACAGGUCACCACCGUGCCCCUGUUAACGAACCUCUUUGUCCCGAGCUCGUUAUGCUUGCUGGGCGCCAUGGGCUACGAGCUCCUGUUCGUGAUCGAGGGCCGGAAACCCUUCCAGCGGCGCAAAGAGAAGAGUGUCAGCACAGAGGCACCGGCCGGUCAGCAGUUGGUCUUCUGGGGUGGUUUGCUGGGAAUGGUAGGGGUGCCGGUCUUCACGGCCUUCACGAAAUGCCCUGCCUGGACCGGGAUGAUGCUGGUCUUGGGUUUGCUGGGUCUCAUCACCAGCCUUCUCCACGAGCCGGGGGACGAUCGCUACUCCCUGAAGGGCGCGCUGAAGCGGGUGGAGGUCCCGGAUGCGCUCUUCUUCCUGGGUGUGCUGUUUGCGGUGGGAGCCUUGGAGAGGGUGGGGUUGCUGAAGGACUUCGCGGAGCAGCUCAGCCAGCUCCUUCCCGACGACUCCUUGGUGGCCGUCUUCCUGGGCUUCGCCUCCGCUGUCGUGGACAACGUCCCUCUGGUCGCGGCGACCCAGGGAAUGUACGACCUCUCCGCGCACCCCGCCAACGACGGUCUCUGGAACCUCAUCACUUACUGCGCUGCCACUGGCGGCUCCCUCUUGGUGAUUGGCUCUGCGGCCGGAGUGGCCUUCAUGGGCAUGGAGAAGGAGGUCUCCUUCGGCUGGUACGUCCGCAGCGUGGCACCUGCUGCUCUUGUGGGCUACCUCCUCGGAGUCGGAGGCGUCCUGGGCCAACAGGCUCUCGGUCUCAGCGUGAGAUUUGGUGGUGCCUCUGAAGUUCCAGUAAAAAAGCAGAAAACACUUUGCUUCGUGGGCAAGCUGCCCGGUCUGCCGUUUUGCGCUUUUCUAGAUCGCGGGCGAAGCCCUCACAUUUUCGAUCGCAACUUCGCGAACCGGGCGGCAGCACAGGAUUUGCUUUGGUGUUCCAUGGUGUUCUACACGCCGGCCACAGGGAAUAUUUUGUCCUUUGCCUGUGGCGAGUGUGAUUCUCGCUUGGCCGAUCAAAGGAAAUCGGAAGAGAUCUUGGCAUCGAACCGAUGCCAUAUCAUAUUGCUAGAACAGGACAGCGGACAGAUGCUGGCUAGGUGGGCUUUCCCCUCCUUUGCUGUCUUCCUGGAGAAGUCUGGAGAGACCGCCCCAGCGGGCUUCCCCAUGUGGGCACGCUGGUUGUGCCUGGCCACGUUUUGGCCGGGUGUGAUUUGGUAUCUCUACUACAAGCUGCUGGUUGAAGAUGACCUGCGUUACUACAGGGGUUUGGGCAUUGGCGGCUCGCUGGUGAUCGUCCCCUUCGCUUUGGGCCUCUUCGCAGGUGUGUUUGGCGAGUUUGCCUACGGAGCCUUGGAGGGAGGAUUCUUUGACAACGCCUUCUCAACGGCGUUUUACAGCGCGUUUGCCUGGAUCUAUCUGAAUCAGUGGUUCCUCUACAACAAGGUGAACCAGCUCUUCGAGGAGAUCGGUCGACCUGCACCUCUGGAUCCGUGGGGUUUGCUGAUACCUGGUUGGAACUUUGUUACAGGCAUCCGGCAGAUUCACUUCCUCGCCGAGUACUGGGCAAUCCAGCGUGGUGAAGAGCUGCCGCGAGAUGCUUUUGCAGAGCUCUUUCCCUUCGCCAAGCCACUCAGACAGAGAAUCACAGCAGGAAACCUGAGCAUCGUAGAUUCGAGGCGAACAGAGAAAUCGUCACAUAACUUCAUAGUACAUGGGUGCGAGUGGUGCAGCUUUUCGUUGCAGUUUGCGGGCGUGGCGAAGACGGUGAAAGAGCGACUGGUGACAGAAACCCACGCUGACAUUGGUGGAGUUGGCGACAACACCUUCCCUGUGGUUCAACAUUCCGGCCUUGCUUGGCUGAGCGCCGAGCUGGCGGGUCCUUUACCGUUUUUCGCAGUGGCGAAGAGCCGCGGUGCCAUUUUCCUAAGCGCUUUGCUUCGUGCGCAGAACUUGGGGUGGACCUCUGAGUUUGGUCUCUCUUGGGAGGCUCCCGAGGCUGCGGCGGACAUCGCGAGCAGCGUGACCGUCGCCGACCUGUCCCCCUUGGAAAACCCGAACAUCACCUUCGCCAGGGUGGUGCUGCUCUCGAUGUUCUCCAUGUCCAUCGCUCUGGUGGUUUGGGGCCGCAACGGAGUUUGUUAUGCUCCGUGCAGGGAGUCAGGCUACUCUGAGCGGAGAAUCGGGGCGCUCCAGGAGAAAAGCAAUGGCAUUGCGGCUGACUGGCACUGCAGUGGCUUGAAAAUUCCCCGGCGGUUGCCAGCGUGGCUGCUCUGCGCUCCGGCCUUCGUGGGUCCGCUGGUCCAGGCUCCAGAAGUGGCCAGCGCCGCGCAUUCUGCGGCUUCUCAGGUCCCGGAGAUUGCCAGCAGCGUUGCCUUGGCGGAUCUGUCCCCGCUGGAGAACCCGAACAUCACCUUCGUGGUGCUGCUGUCGAUGUUCUCCAUGUCCAUUGCGCUCGUGGUUUGGGGACGUAACGGCUUCUAG